AUGGCCGCCCCCGCAGAUAUGACCACCCGCGAUAUCAGCGGCAAGUUCAUCAUGAACAAGUCGCUCAGCGACGACACCGACGAGAUCCUUCGUCUCCAAGGCGUCGGGUGGUUCAAGAGGAAGGCUAUCGCAAUGGCGACCCUGUACCUCUCCGUCAAGCACUACAAGGACGAGGCCGGCAUCGAGCACAUCGACAUUGACCAGACCCUCACGGGAGGCAUUCAGGGGACGAACGAGUAUCGCAUUCUGGACUGGACAGAGAGAUCGCACGAAGACCACGUUUUCGGGAACGUACUCUCAAAGAGCAGGCGCGUGUCGCUCGCUGAGGUCGACCGCGAGUGGCUCAAGAAGGAGUGGUUGGACGAUUCGCUGGAGAACGGCGCGAUAAUCUUCACCUGCGCGAAGAGCGACACGGAGAAGAGCGGGACGGCCUGGUCUUCGGAGCAGACUUGGGGUUUUGAGCAGAUCGACGGUGAGAAGAGAUACGCUCGGCGCGUCCACUUCGAAGGGCCCGGAGAGGAGAUCAUCGAAGUUCGCCUGGUGUACGACUAUGGUGAGACUGAUGGCGCUCCCCCGUUCGCCCCAGUAAGCUGA